AUGAAUGUAUUUAUUUAUUUAUUUAUUUCACCCUCAGUCGAUGGACGACAUAUCCCUAUUGGCCCAUCGCGGAGUGCACCGUUGCUCGAUGAAAGGACAGGCAAGCCGUACGUCUGCAACUUGAUCCGGUCCUCCAAAUACAAUGCAUACAACUUCCUGCCUCGGCAGCUGGUCGCACAGUUCUCGAAGCUGGCCAACUUUUACUUCUUGUGCGUAUCGAUACUGCAGAUGAUCCCUGGCUUGAGUACGACUGGCACAUACACAACGAUUGUUCCUCUGAUGUUCUUCGUGUCCCUGUCCAUGGGCAAAGAAGGCUGUGAGAGUCUACGAAGACACAGGCUCGAUAAGGCGGAGAAUAACAAGAUCUGCCACGUUCUAAGCUCUUGCGCUUCCGCUUCUGCCUCUGCCUCCAAAGCCAAAGGAAUACCCAAGGCCUCGACUUCUACAGACAGCCAGGAUUCAUGGGUACCUGUCAAGUGGCAAGCGUUGCAGGUAGGAGACGUGAUCAAGCUCCAACGCGAUGAAGCUGUUCCCGCGGAUAUUGUGUUGCCCGGUAGCAGAGGAUCAAACAACACAGCUUACGUAGAGACCAUGGCACUCGAUGGCGAGACCAACCUUAAGCCAAAGCAGCCCAAGCCAGACACUGUGCAGGCCGCCGACAGCCCAGAGUCUUUGUUGCAAGCAGAAAUGCAUUUCGUGGUGGAGGACCCCAACCUGGACUUGUACAACUUCGAAGGGAAGCUCACUGUUGCCGGCAAGACCUCUCCAUUGACUAACAAUGAGAUCAUAUAUCGAGGCAGUGUCGUACGCAACACACCGGAGGCAUAUGGCUUAGUUGUAUACAGUGGAGAGGAGUGCAAGAUCCGCAUGAACGCAAACAAGAACCCAAGAAUCAAAGCCCCCUCUCUCCAAGCUGUCGUCAACAGGAUUGUCUUCGCUAUAGUGCUAUUCGUUAUAGCGCUGUCGUUAUUCAACAGCAUCGCAUAUCAGCUCUGGCAGGACACCACCGAGAAGAAAGCAUGGUACAUCAGCGACGCGCCGGUAUCGUUUGGCCCGUUGUUUACAUCCUUCAUCAUCAUGUUCAACACACUCAUUCCACUGUCGCUUUACGUCAGCCUGGAGGUCAUCAAGGUAGCACAAAUGGUGUUGCUCAACGAUAUUGACAUGUACGACGCCGAGAGCAACACGCCUUUCGAAGCGAGGACAUCGACAAUCAACGAAGAGCUAGGACAAGUUGGCUACAUAUUCUCUGACAAGACCGGCACGCUUACUGAGAACGUGAUGCGGUUCCGCAAGCUUUCGGUUGCUGGAAUUGCAUGGCUACAUGAUGUGGACUUGCAGCAUGCAACUCCGGAUGACAAAUUGCUCAUGCACAAAAAGCGACAACCGAGCAAAGGCAAACGACCUGCGUGGAAGCCACGGAAGUCUACCACGAACGACAUUCCUACGUCUGAGCCUGUAGACACCAACGGUGAGCGGAGUCCUUCCGCUACGAGACCCGAUCUCCCACGAAAGUCAACAUCACAAUGGACAUCCACAGCUGCACCAGCCAUGGCACAGACUGAGCACAGCACUAGCCAAUUGAUCGCCUACAUUCAACGGAACCCGCAGACUGUAUUUUCGAACCGUGCGAAGAUGAUGAUCCUGUCCAUUGCGUUGUGUCACACAUGCCUGCCGGAGAAGACUGGCGAUGAAGACGAACACAUCAGCUAUCAGGCGUCAUCGCCUGACGAACUGGCCCUUGUUGAGGCGGCGAAAGAGCUUGACUUCAUUGCAUACGAGCGGGACACAUCAACACUGACCUUGAAGCUACAUCCACACGGCAGCGCCGGCGAGCCUAUGUUCGGGGACUACCAGAUCAUGGAUGUGAUUGACUUCUCGAGCAAACGCAAGAGGAUGUCGGUCAUCGUCCGUAUGCCGGAUGGUCGGGUUGCCACAAUUUGCAAGGGUGCAGACUCCAUUCUCGAUUAUGAAGCAGGUGAUGUGGAACAGAAUAUCGCCAAGUCGAUCAUCGAUAUCAAUCGUGGAGGCGUUGCGCAUGCUGUGGUAGUCAUCGAUGGUCAGACAUUGGCCAGCAUCCAGACCGACGACGCACUACACACCUUGUUCCUGGACCUAGCCAUAUUGACAGACUCUGUGAUCUGCUGCCGAGCCUCACCCUCGCAGAAAGCCAGCCUUGUGAACGCUAUCCGAACGAGAAUCAAGCGCAGUGUCACUCUGGCUAUUGGCGAUGGCGCUAAUGAUAUCGCUAUGAUUCAGGAAGCCCACGUUGGCACAGGUAUUACAGGGAAAGAAGGUCUUCAAGCAGCUAGAACUUCCGACUAUGCGAUCGCCCAGUUCCGCUUCCUGACCAAGCUCUUAUUGGUUCAUGUUCGAUGGAACUAUAUCAAGACUUGCAAGUACACCGUCGGGACAUUCUGGAAGGAAAUGCUCUUCUAUCUGACCCAAGCGAUCUACCAGCGCUACAAUGGCUACAGCGGCACAAGUCUUUACGAAAGCUGGAGUCUUAGUAUGUUCAACACGCUCUUCACCAGCUUGACCAUCAUCUUCCUCGGCAUCUUUGAGCAUGAUUUGCGCGCCUCCACUUUGAUCGCAGUGCCGGAGCUGUACACUAAAGGACAACGCUCCGAUGGCUUCAACCUCAAAGUCUAUCUCGGUUGGAUGUUCACAGCAGUCUGCGAAGCGAUGAUAGUAUGGUUCACCUGCUGGGAACUGUAUGGUCAUGCUCUAUUUAAAUCGGAGAAUACGCUCUUUCCUCUCGGAAACAUGACGUUCACAGCUUGCGUAAUCAUCAUCGCGAUCAAGCUGCAGAUCAUCGAGCAGCGGUACAAGUCUGUCAUGGCCGCUGUGGCGGUAGUCUUGAGUGUAGGCGGUUGGGCUUUGUGGAAUAUCAUUCUCGCUGCGCUAUACGGCAAGAACAACCAAUACAACGUGAAAGGCGGUCUCCUCGAACGAUGGGGUGAGAGUGGACUGUGGUGGUUGACACUCAUCAUCAUUGUGGUAGCUUGUUGUCUCCUUGAGAUCGGGAUUCGAGCAUUGAAAGCAGCAUUCUUUCCUACAGAUGUGGAGACUUUCCAGACUCUUGAGCAGGAUCUCGAGGUACGAAAGAGAUUCGAGGAGGCUGCUGCCCCUUGGACGCAAGCUGGCUGGAACCAUGGUAGCAAGAAGAUUAGUGCAGAGUUGCAGAGGCUGGAAGAGCAAGCGAAGAAAGAGAGCGAUGUUCAGGCUCUGCUGGAGAGACCGAGGACGAUGGAGGAGGACCGACUAGGCAGGAUCGAGACGAAAGAACAGAUCGUUAUGGUCGCUGAUGGAGACAGGUCAGGGACUGAUCCGAGCAAGAUGCUGAAUCAGCGGUUUGGAUUGCCGAGACGGGACAGCUUGAGAUGA